AUGGCUGGCGAGGCCAGAGCCGUUGGGGAUGCCCUGCGCCACCUCCUGCGGCUGCACCGCACCGAGAUCGCCGUGGCUGUGGACAGCGCCUUCCCGCUGCUGCACGCACUGGCUGACCACGGUGUGGUUCCCGAGAACAAGUUCCAGGAGACCCUUCGCCUGCAGGAGAAGGAGGGCUGCCCUCAGGCCUUCCAUGCCCUUCUGUCCUGGCUCCUGACCCAGGAUGGAGGGGCCGUCCUCGACUUCUGGAAGGUUCUCUUCAAGGAUUUCAACCUAGAGCGCUACAGCCGGCUGCAGCCUAUCCUGGACAGCUUUCCCAGAGAUGUGGACCUCAGCCAGCCCAGGAGGGGCCGGAAGCCCCCCGCCACCAGCCCCAAGGCCUCGGCCUUGCCUCCCCGACCCCCCACCAAGAGGAAGGUCCCGGAGGAGCCGCGAGCUGUCUCGCCCGCAGCCCCCACCCCAAGGGGCACCUCCAGCCCAGGUUCCCAGCCAAAAGCCAAGCCCCCCAAGAAGCCAGAGGGAAACUUGGAGCCGCAGCUGCUGGGGUCUGGCAUCCACGCCAUGUCCACUUCAGUCCAGAGAGCGGUGGCCAUGUCCUCGGGGGACAUCUCGGGAGCCCGUGGGGCCGUGGAGGGGAUCCUCAUCCAGCAGGUGUUCGAGUCAGGGGGCUCCAAGAAGUGCAUCCAGCUGGGAGGAGAGUUCUACACCCCCAGCAAGUGUGAAGAUCCCGGCAGCCAUGCGAGGAACAAGGCUCGUGGGGGCAGCGGCCUGAAGCCCCCAGGCCGAGCCAAGGGUGCCCAGGGCACUGCCCCCGGUGGAGGCGAGCAGAGAGACCAGCAGGGCAGGGGCGCUGCGCUCUCAGCCCCGCCCAGCGAGCCCCAUCUUCACCAGAAGAACGAGGACGAGUGUGCGGUGUGCCGCGAUGGCGGGGAGCUCAUCUGCUGUGACGGCUGUCCCCGCGCCUUCCACCUGGCCUGCCUGUCCCCGCCACUGCGCGGGGUCCCCAGCGGUCCCUGGAGGUGCUCCUGCUGCCUCCAAGGUCGAGCCCCGCACAGCCUGCCCCCGGCCCCGGAGCUGAGACCGCCAGAGCCCUACACAGACGCCCCGGGCUGGACGCCGGCGCGGUGCGGCGUGUGUGGGGACGGUUCCGAGGUGCUGCGCUGCGCGCUCUGCGCCGCCGCCUUCCACUGGCGCUGCCACUUCCCAGGGGGGCCCGGGGGGCCCGUCCAGCCGGGGUGA